GAGAAAGUAAAGUACCUUUUUCACCACGUACCUGGUUUGGCAAAGACGAACGACAUUAAAGGACAAUGUGGACAUAUGUCUUUUUUCUCGUGGUGAUCAUCGUGUCCCCUGCUCUGAGUACAGAUUAUAAAAUGAUGGGUCAUGAUCCUGUUGAGGUUGAACGAAACAAAGACGCCAUCCUGCCAUGUCACGUGGAGCCUGAGACGGACCUGACCCAGGAUUUUGUGGAAUGGCAUGUAAAAUUAACAAAUGGCGAAGAUAUUGUUGUGUACAUCUAUAGAAGAGGUAAAGAGAUAUUACCUCUGGAUUGUCAUUUCAUAAACCGAACGGAGAUCUUAAAAGAAGAUUUGUUACAUGGGAACAUUUCUGUCAAAAUCCGCAACGUAACAGAAAAAGAUGAAGGGAACUAUACCUGUGUUGUGGAAAUCGGUGAAACCAAACGAAUACAAAGCUCUGUCAAACUUAUCGUGAGGAGUAAGGAUGAUCCGAGUCCUCUAAAAGAUGUUUCUUAUACAGCACCAUCUCCCUCGUCCAGCUCACCUCCACGUCCUACAAAUGUUGGAGCGAUUGUUGGUCCUAUUGUUGCUGGUCUUGUUCUUGGUGUUGGAGUCUUCUUUCUCCUCAAACACAUAAAGAAACGUAAACCACAACAGGGGCUUGAUGCAGCAGCACCAUCUCGCUCGUCCAGCUCACCUCCACGUCGAUCAUCCCAAGAACCUCCCAGUGAUGACGACACGGAACAAGACGCAAUGCUGUAGGGAAGAACAUCAGGACCUGAGUGAAUAUGGCAGGUUUAGUUUUUCUAAUUCUGACUUGGUUUAGGAGGAUAGUGUCUGUGCUGAAUAUUUAUCAUAGUUUGACAUCAGUUAUUACAGUAAAUGACACUGCAGGGACAAUUUAUGGUCAAAGAAGACAUUUUUAUGGCUGCAAAUAUCUUAACAACACACAUUAGGUGUUAAUUAGCCUGAUCAUAAUCACUGUGUAAGUCUUGGCCCAUGUUUACUUUAUAUUUACUACAUCACAGUUACAGAAUUAUCUCUGUGUGUCACAUCUGCUGCCACUGACCAACCAGGAAGUAACAUUCACAACUUUAGUAACCAAUAAAAACAAACAAACAAACACAACAAGAGACAAAUUAAGUAAGAUAUUUAUUCAGAUCUUAAAUAUACUUUCUUAAACUGAAUUGCAGUUUUCUGUGUUGAUGACGUAGGCAGAGGGAUUCAGUUUUAGGACUCAGUGAUACUUCCUGCAUUUUUGUACUUUUCAUCUUUUAACUGAUGUAAAACUGUUAUAAAUAUUUAUCUCAGGUACUAUAAUACUUACACGAUACUAUUAGCUCUGUAGUAACGGCAUCUGGUGACGUCCGGUCACAUGGAGACUCUGUGGACUUUUACACUUUUACACUUUAUACAUGAGGAGAAAACUUCUCUUCUCCUCUUUUACCUACAGGUAAUCAGGUCGUUUUUACUACAGAUGAAGUUUUGUUAUGUUAUAUUGAGCGUUUUAACCUCCUAAGACCCGAGCUCUUGAGCGGCUUUAUUCAUUUCUCUUUGUUAUUUAGGCUGAUUGGACCUGAUCAGUGUAAAAACACAGAAUUACCUUUUUACAUUAUGUAGUUUGUGAGAAAACUGAUGUAAAACAAAUGUCCUCAUAUGUGGACAUUUUAAUAAUUUUGAUAGAACAUUUGAAUAAUGAUUGACAAAAACUAUUUAAGACCCUGAAAACAGGAACAUUUGUCCUGAGUAAAAACAAAAUUAGAAACAACAAUUGUGCCUCAUGUGAAGAGCAGGAGCAGGAGACAUGUGCCUUUACACAAUAAAUAAAUAAAUAAAUAAAUAAAUAAAAAUGUUCUAAACAUUCUAAACUCUUAAAAAUGUUCAAAAUUGAAUAUAUUUGCAUUGUUGAUGUUCUUGUUACUGUUAUUCUUCUUUUAAAAAUCUGCACUGUGGCCUAGACCACCCAAAAUGUGUUGUCCACAUAUGAAGACGCCAGGUCCUAGAAGGUUAAUAAAAGUUAGCAUUAGCAUUGACUAACUGUUCUAAAGCAAAAAGUGUCGUCCAGUGAAGUUUCCUCCUCAUUUUUAACGUUCUAAUUAUGGAUUUUUUUGUUUUGUUUUACUUUGUGUUUACUUUAAAUGAACAGCUCUAAUAAGGUUGUGCUUUUUACAAGAACACUAUUUUUUUUGUUUUUGGGCAUUGGUGUGACUGUUUUUUCACUCAGGAAGUGUGUAUUCUGUUUGUGCCAGAGCCUGCUACAGCUCAGACUCAGCUCACAGUUUGGUGCUUGUGACUCCAGGUUUGUUUAAUGUGAAAUACGACUUAAAAGCGUAUGACAGGUUUUAAUGAUUCUCUUAUUUUUACUUCAUUUUGGGAGAUAACAAUUGUUGUAAAUAUAAAUUAUACCUUUACACUAAUCAGGAAGCAGUUUACCAAGAAAAAUAGAAAAAUGUGUUGAAAAUGACAAUAAGCAGAGUCCUCACAUUUAUGACGUCACACUAGAGAGAAUCUGUCCAAACGUUGUGUGUGUGUGAACAAGUCUCUCCAUGGACCAGCACCAAAGAACAUCUCCCACAUGUUUAGAGCCACAUGAACCAUCUCAGGCUCUGAGGACUUCAGGGACCGGCCUCCUGCUGGUCCCAGAGUCAGGACUAAACAUGGAGAAUCAGUGUUUCAGUUUUAUGCAACUAAAACCUGGAACAGGUUGAAGAUGUGAGACAGACCUCUACUUUGACAAUGUUUAAAUCCGGGCUCAAAAAACGUACAGUCAUAUGCCAAACUCAACGUUCUGUUGAGUUGUGCAUAUGACUGUACGUGUUUUAUUCUGCACUAUUCGCUUUUAAUGUUCAUUUUAUGUUGGUUAUUCGUGAUUAUUCAUAUUUUGAUUAGUAUUGUAUUGUAUAUUGUGAUUUUAAUGUCUUUCUUAUUCUGUAAAUUACUUUGUGUACGAAUUACACUGUACAAAUAAACUGAGCAGCUCCUCCUGAGUGAGCCAAAGUCCAGUGGGACCUCAGAGGCCCCGGGCCUCAGCGGUGACACUAAAACUGAGGAAUGAGCUGCAUUUACACGUCAGACUGGCUCCUCUGUGGACGUUUUGAAAUCUUGUCUUAAAACACUUAUUCACUUUGGCCUUUGACACAGUUUGACAUUUUACCAUUUUUUUGUUAUUAGAUUCUGUUUUUAUAUGCAUGUUCUUUUUAUUGUUUUUAUGGUUCUUUUUUGUAGCACUUUGGUCAACCUGUGCUGUUUUUAGUACAUUAUAAAUAAAGGUCCCGUGGCAGUGGUCUUGGAGCUGGAGAGUCUGACCUGUUGUCUUGUGUUGACGGGGAAAAGGGAGCGCUCAGAGGAAACACACACAGACACAGGGAGAACAUGCAAACUCCACACAAAAAGACUCAAAGCUGAAUCCUGUGGCUGUAAAGAAGUAUUUCUGCUACUCUGAGUGUAUUUGUCAAACAUGUCUGAACUGCACAAAAGUGACUUCCUGUGGGUGUUUUGGGGAAAGUGUCACAUUGUCCUGUUUGUU